AUGACAAACGACGGAAAUAAUUUAUUAAACGAGGAUUGUUUUCAUUAUAAAAGAAAAGUACCGGAGAAAAAAUAUAUAUACCUAGGUACGACGAUGUUUCCGUUAACGUUCAAAGAAUCAAGAAAAACAAAUAGCGAUUAUGAUGAUGUACCUGACUCACCACCGGAAAUAAGCUCAUCAAAAAUUGAUGAUUUAUUAGAAAUUGAAAAAAUGAUAAGCGGAUCGAAUAGGAAAGAAGUUUUUCCGCCACCGUCGUCAUCAUCCCAAUCGUCGUCGGUUCCACCUGUAAAAAGACAAGCGAAAAUUUCGUUUUUGGAUGGUUUACCAUUGCGUAAAAGAGGAAAAAAUCAACCGCGUUUUAAAAAUUAA